CUCUUUCUUCUCAAUACACUCUUAACUUUUCUCAUUCCUCAUUCCCCCUCCUAUUUUCCAAGCGUAGCUAAUUUCUAGGGUUUCGUUAUGGACGCCGGUGGAAAGAUUAAGAAAGGCGCCGGAGGAAGAAAGGGCGGUGGGCCAAAGAAGAAGCCGGUCGCAAAGUCCGUGAGGGCCGGUCUCCAAUUCCCCGUUGGAAGAAUUGGGCGUUACUUGAAGAAAGGAAGGUACUCGCAGCGUGUUGGAACCGGUGCACCAGUAUAUUUGGCUGCUGUACUUGAAUACCUAGCUGCUGAGGUUCUUGAAUUGGCUGGUAAUGCUGCUCGUGACAACAAGAAGAACAGGAUUAUUCCUAGACAUGUGCUUCUGGCUGUGAGGAACGAUGAAGAAUUGGGGAAAUUGCUUGCUGGAGUCACAAUUGCUCACGGUGGUGUGCUGCCCAACAUUAACCCUGUUUUGUUGCCUAAGAAGAAUGAGAAGGCUUCCAAGGAACCCAAAUCUCCAUCCAAGGCCACCAAAUCCCCCAAGAAGGCUUAGACUAUAUUUUAAGUUAGUUAUGUAUACUAGUGUUUAGGGUUCUAUUGUUGUAAAAGGAAUAUUUUAUGUUCUAAACGCUGUAAGUUUGGUCUAAUUGCGUCGUGUGAAGGAGUUUAUCAUUUAAUGGAAAAAAAAACCCCUUGUUUUCGUUCUA